AUGGAAGUUUUGAAUUCCCCACAGAUACAGCCCCAAAUCGCAAUUGUUGGGGCUGGAAUUGCCGGUUUAGCCACAGGCAUUGCACUCCAUCAAAAAGGAUUUAGGAAUGUUGUCAUAUACGAACGAGAUGCUGUAUUUAGCGACCGACGACAGGGAUAUGGAUUGACGCUCAUGCAGGGGCUUUCUGCAUUACGCCGUCUCAAUCUUUAUGAGCGCGUUCGGCAGGAAUUGGAUGCACCUGCUCUAGCCCAUUAUACAUUCCAUGGCCCUUCAGGUAGCCUACUUGGGGUUUUUGGAACUGUAUUUUGGAGCGAUGACUCUUCUAAUCCAUCGUCCGUUAUUUCAAACAAAAGGAAUCUGCAUGUAUCAAGACAGGCGUUACGCGAAUUGCUGCUACAGGAAUAUUUGCGACUAUUUCCGGCGAAUUCUUCAUUAAAGUGGAAUUCAAAGCUGCUUUCGAUGGAGACCACCAAUUGCGCUCCACCGUUUACUUUAUCGUUUGCAGACGGCACUGAAUCGACCGCAGAUAUCCUAAUAGGUGCUGAUGGAAUUAAUUCUGCCGUUAGAAAGCUUGCAUACGAUUGCUCUCCCUCGGAGUAUUUGGGUGUGGUUGUUGUUUUGGGAAUAUCAUUUCUCCAAAAUGGAUGUUUUGGUUCGGAUAACACCAUAUUCGAGUCUGUCGAUGGCAAAUUCAGGUUUUACGCCAUGCCACAUAGGGAACCCAGAAAUUUUGACCACGAAGGCAAUCAAAAAUCCUACAUGUGGCAAUUGUCAUUUUUGGUUGCUGAAGAAUCGGAAGCUAUUGAAUUUGGAAAAAUAAGCGGCCAUGCUUCGCUUUUGAAGUUCGUUAUGAACAACCUUGGGCAAUGGCACUGUCCAAUUCCUGACCUGAUAUCAAAUACCCCUCUUUCCCUUUUGAUUGCCAUGCCAAUAUAUGACCAGGGUGUCUAUACUUGCAUUCCGCAAUGCUUAAAGGAGGGUAUCUGGCUGAUAGGGGAUGCAGCACAUCCGAUGAGUCCAUUUAAAGGUCAGGGUGCCAAUCAAGCACUGAUUGACAGUGUUGAAAUUGCCGAUUUGCUUGCAAAACACUAUUUAAGGAUUGAUAAAAGUCAAUCUAAUGUGCAUUUGGUCAGCGAAUGGUGUUUUCCCUCACAUUGGUCGCAAAAUGGCUUGCUUUUACAGGAAGACAUGGAGAUAUUCUAUCAAAAGAUGUUAGAUCGCGUGGCUCCAAAAAUUUUGAAAUCCAGAGAACGUAUUAAGCGUUACCACUCUGAAUCUGAAGCGUUGGCUGUGCAGUCCUAUUGCUAUGGGGACUAUGUGACACUUACCUUUGUAGCUCAUCUAAAUGCGCUCUCGCUUAAUGGAACUUUUUUGCCAAAAAAGGACGAGCCUCUUUAUGAGGCAAUUAAAAAGGAGCUUCAUCUUUGGAUCAACAAGUCCGGAGCUUCUUCAUGA